AAAAAAAAUAUCCGUAGACUCAGAGAAAACCCAACUACCAGCGACGUUACAGAGAGAGAUAUAGAGAGAGAAGGAGAGAGAGAGUCGUUACCCUCCAUAUCCAAAGAAAAACUUCCUCUUUCUCUCCAUCGAAACCCUAGAUUCCUCGUCCUUGUUUCUCUCCCUCUUCGCAUUAUUCAGAGGUAGGGUGUCUUGAACUUUCUUAACUUCAGAAUCAUGGAUUUAGAGGAUAAGUUUCUUUCUAAAGAACUUGUUCGCAUAAUAUGGUUUCUGUAACCGUCUUUUUUUUAUGGUGAUGUGUCCAGUUUCAAGGCCUCAUUCAGUGCAGACUGACUGAUGGUUCAGAUAUAACAAACUGAUUUCAAUGCACCAAUAAUCUGCCUGAUUUAGCAGUUUCAGGCAUUCAGAGUCUUUCUUCCAGUGUGCAAAGCACCCCAGACAAAAAUGGACACUCUGAUGAUGUAUCAAGAAGUCCAGAACUUCCCCAAGAGUUUCUGAAACCAGGCCCGAAAAAGGAACUUUUCCGUACCUGCUUUGAUAAGGAAAAGAAAUAUACAGCUUCAUCUAAAUGCAAAAUGACUGAUCAACCUCAGAAGACUAGUAAGAAAAUUCUGAAGAAUCAGGAGCCAAAGAAAGCGUCCAUUAGUCCUAAGGGUCAGACAUCUUCCGGGCGGAAAAGUCAGAGAAAGGGGGAAAACCCUGUUCGAAUUCCACCUUCUUCAGAGGAGUCUCCGGACUUUGGAAAUUCAAAUUCAUGGCUCUGUAAAAAUGCUGCAUGUAGAGCCAUUCUUUCUAUAGAGGACACAUUUUGCAAGAGGUGCUCUUGUUGCAUUUGUCACUUAUUCGAUGACAAUAAGGAUCCUAGUCUUUGGUUGGUAUGCUCAUCUGACUCUGGUACCAUAGAUUCCUGUGGUUUGUCUUGUCACAUUGAGUGUGCACUUCAACGUGAAAAAGUGGGGGUUGUUGAUCUUGGGCAAUUGAUGCAGCUAGAUGGGAGUUAUUGCUGUGCAUCAUGUGGUAAAGUUUCAGGGAUACUUGGAUGUUGGAAGAAGCAACUGAAUAUAGCAAAGGAUGCUCGCCGUGUUGAUGUCCUCUGUUAUAGGAUAUUCUUGAGCUACAGGCUCCUGGAUGGGAGUUCCAGAUUUAAAGAACUGCACGAAAUUGUUAGAGAUGCCAAGGCCAAAUUAGAAACCGAGGUGGGCCCAGUUAACGGUGUGUCAGCCAAGAUGGCACGUGGCAUCGUCAGCAGACUCCCUGUUGCGGGUGAAGUGCUGAAACUCUGCUCUCUUGCAAUUGACAAAGCAGAUGAAUGGUUGGCUGCUGUUUCUAACAAAAACUCAACAUGUAGAGAGGGCUCACUUCCUGCAGCAUGCAGAUUCCACUUUGAGGAAGUGACAUCUUCAUCAGUUGUGAUUGUUUUGAUAGAAUUACCCGCUUCAUCAGGCAAUGACAUUGAAGGAUACAAGCUUUGGUAUUGUAAGAGUAGAGAUGAGACACACCCAAAAGAGCCUAUUUCUGUUUUUCCCAAAGCCCAAAGAAGGAUUUUGAUAUCCAAUCUCCAACCCUGCACAGAAUACUCCUUUCGCAUAAUUUCUUAUGUAGAUUCCGGUGAUUUUGGCCAUUCUGAGGCAAAAUGUUUCACCAAAAGUGUGGAGAUAAUUCACAAGAAUGCUGGCUCAGCUUCCAUGAACCACACAAAUGGAAAUCCCCAUUUUGAAGAAAGUAAGACUCCAACAGCUAUUGGAUCUUCUCCUGGAUUCAAGGUGCGGGACCUCGGGAAGCUCCUGCAAUUGGUUUGGGCUAAAGAACAAGGUUGCUUUGAUGGCUUUUCAGGCAUGGAGAUAGAAAACAUUAUUAAGCCUGUUGAAACUCCCAAAGAACCGUUGCCAUCUGUUUCCCGCGGGCUAGACUUAAAUGUUGCUUCUGUCCCUGAUCUAAACGAGGAGCUAACCCCUCCUUUUGAAUUCUCUAGGGAUGAAGAGGACAACGGAUGCACUUUGGGGCCCGUUGAUGAUGCAGCAUCUCAUGAUAUUGCAAAAAACUGUCUAGCGGGAUCACAUGGUAGCGGUGAUUCACAGAAUUGGGCUCACGGGGCAAAUGGGGAAGUGGCAGCUGUUGAUUCCCGCACAGAAUCCAGGAAAAGGGCGGCAACUGUGAUUGAAGAAACACAUGACUGCAAUAGCACUCUGAUAAGUGGAUCCCCCUUUCGAAUGGCUAAUGGGUUGGGGUGUUUGGAUGAGAAUUUCGAAUACUGUGUGAAGAUUAUCAGGUGGUUGGAAUGUGAGGGUCACAUUCAACAGGAAUUUCGGUUGAAAUUGUUGACGUGGUUUAGUUUGAGAUCAACAGAGCAGGAACGAAGGGUGGUGAACACUUUUAUUCAUACUCUGAUCGAUGAUCCAAGUAGCUUAGCAGCACAACUGGUUGACUCAUUUUCUGAUAUCGUUUCGAGUAAGAGGCCGCGGAAUGGUUUCUGUAGCAAACUGUGGCAUUGAUUCUAUUGGAGGGAUCCUGCGGAAGAAAAGCGGCAGCAUGGGUCGUUAGCUUAAUGAUUAUCUUAUAACUCUACAAAUUACUACUGAUUGUUUUGCCAGUUCUUUGUACAGGCAAUUCUUGAUCACCAUGGGAAGUGAUUCAAUUUAAUUUAUGGACAAAUUUGUCCCGUUAGAAGAUUUCAGUCGCUGGUUGCAAUGACAGUUCCUGACUAUCUCAGCAAGGAGAGCUCUUUGGGUAGGAGAUUUGGCAUUUUAGAAGGCAUCAUCCUUUAUUCAAAUCUUCUCAUUUACAUUCAAAGUACUGAAGCUGGUAUCGCGAAGGAGGAUAAAUCAAUGGGAUGUGCUAUCUAUAUUUGAUGCAGUGGAAUAGAUAUCGCAAAGGAAAAUUAGUCAGGGAGAUCAAGGAACUGUUCUUGUUGCCUUAAAACUAUUUGUAGAAGGGUGGAUGAAUUUUCUACCCAGUAUCAUUUAUUUCUUCUUCUUCUUCAUCAAAUUUUAGAUGAACCUGGUCUUGUUGAAACAAGUGGGUAUCUGCAGUCCCCUUCUUUUUUGGAUUCAGAUCCUCGACCGUGCGCCCCUAUGUACUCUUUCAGGGUCCGCUUUGAUUAUUGGAAUCGUUCAUUUUUGUAGAGUUCGUCGAGAAAUUAAUUAUGUCGAAAACCAUGUUUAUCGAAUGCCAAUCAACACCUGAAGUGGGACCGCAGAGGAUAUGAUGAAUCCUUUCUUAUCA